CGACCAGAGAAAGCAAGAUGGCGGUGUUGAUGUAGCCAGCUGGGGUGGAAGAUCGAUCACCGAAAGCUCGAUUGGGUUCGUUCUGUCGCUGGUCAGACCGAACUAAACACGUCGUAUUUUAGCGGCUUUAAACCAGAAGAAGGAGGCUGUAACAAAUCCUGUGCUUGGUAGCCUCUGGUCCGACCCUCACGCCCUCAGGACGAUGGAGUUCCCUUGGCACAGCGCAGAGGUUCUGGAGCAGCUUAACCGGCAGCGUAGUCAGGGCCUGCUGUGCGACUGCACAUUUGUUGUAGACGGAGUGGACUUCAAGGCCCACAAAUCUGUGCUGGCAGCAUGCAGUAUGUACUUCAGCACCCUUUUUCUGGAUCAGAAAGAUGUGGUGCAUUUGGACAUUAGCAACGCAGCUGGUUUAGGUCAAGUCCUGAAUUUUAUGUACACGUCCAAGCUGAGUUUAACGCCACAAAAUGUCGAAGACGUGAUGUCUGUUGCUCACUUCUUGCAGAUGCAAGAAAUCAUAAAUGCAUGUUCUGCAUAUCAGUCUAUAUCACAUCCAGCUCCAUCUAUCAUAACCCUGAAUCUUCCUCUUGAUGAACCAGAUGAAAAAGUGACUGGAAAUGCGCAGAACGCCAACUCUGGAAACCACGUAUCAGAACCUGCACCAGCAGCAGACAAGUGUCCUAGUUCUUCCAUAGAAGAUCGUAAAGCCACAGAAAGCCAGGAAGAUUUAAACGACGACGUCUCAGCUGUCAGACAACAAGCAGUUAGUCAGCCCACACACAGGGGCCGCGGACGACCCCCCAAAACUGCUCAAAAAAAGAUACAUGUGAAAAACGAGGACGGGCGUUCUGCACCAAAUAUUUCUGAGUUUCAGGAUGACCCCUCGGACGCUGACUACACAACAAAAUCACAGCUGAAGUCUUCAGGGAACUCAGCCUACAUGAGCUCUCGAGGGAGAAGAAUCCGCAAACCUCCUCGACGUAACUUUCCACCAGAAGAUGACUCUGAAGAUGAAGAUCCAUCAAAAGAGAAAAAGGAGAAAAAAGUAGCAGAACCUGAAGAGGUGGCUGAGGAACAGGAAUAUGACUCUGGGGAUGUUGACGAUGAAGAUGUGGUUGAAGAGGAAAAUAAAGAAACCAGCCAGGAACUGGAAGGAGCCGAUGAGAGAGAUGGAAAACAAACUCAGUCAACCUCCAUGAGCGAUCGAUCGGAAUCCAGGUCUUACAGCUCAGUGAUACACAAAUGUGAGGACUGUGGGAAGAAAUUCACCCACACCGGUAAUUUCAAGAGGCACAUACGUAUUCACACAGGAGAAAAGCCUUUCACCUGCAGGGACUGCAAAAAGGCUUUCUCUGACCCUGCAGCUUGUAAAGCCCACGAGAAAACGCACAGUCCUCUGAAGCCAUACUGCUGCUCCACCUGCGGAAAGAGCUACCGCCAGAUCAGUCUGCUCAAUCUGCACCGCAAGCGCCACACGGGGGAAGCACGGUACAGCUGCGAAGUGUGCAACAAGCUCUUUACGACAUCUGGCAAUCUGAAGCGACACCAGCUGGUUCACAGCGGCGAGAAGCCAUACCAGUGCGACUACUGUGACAAAGCCUUCUCCGACCCCACUGCCAAGAUGCGCCACCUCGAGACGCACGACACUGAGAAGGGCAACAAGUGUCCACACUGCGACAAAUGCUUCAACCAGGUGGGGAAUCUGAAGUCACAUUUAAAAAUCCAUAUUGCAGACGGGCCUCUGAAGUGCAAAGAAUGUGGCAAACAGUUUACAACAUCAGGGAACCUGAAAAGACACCUGCGGGUUCACAGUGGGGAGAAGCCGUAUGUUUGUUCGCACUGCCAGAGAGCUUUCAGCGACCCCGGAGCUCUGCAGCGCCAUGAACGCAUCCACACAGGAGAGAAACCAUGUGUUUGUCUUGUCUGUGGCAAGGCUUUCACUCAGGCCAGCUCCCUCAUCGCUCAUGUUCGUCAGCACACUGGAGAGAAACCCUACGUCUGUGAACGCUGCGGCAAAAGAUUUGUACAGUCAAGCCAGUUGGCCAAUCACAUUCGCCAUCAUGACAAUGUGCGGCCACACAAGUGUCGGAUGUGCAACAAGGCCUUUGUCAACGUGGGAGACCUGUCCAAACACAUCAUCAUUCACACUGGGGAGAAACCUUACCUUUGUGAUAAAUGUGGCCGAGGGUUUAACCGUGUGGAUAACCUGCGCUCCCACGUCAAGACUGUUCACCAAGGCAAAGCUGGCAUAAAUCUACUCGUGGUAGCAGAAAGAGCUGACGAAGAAGAGGACGAAGAGUGUGUAGGAGCAACCACCACUGACGAUAUCAAAAUAGUUACUGUCUCCACAGAGGAUAUUGUCACCUUGGCAACUGAAACCCUUGCAGCUAAUGCUGUAGGUCAGCUUACAGUUGUUCCAGUGUCUGCUUCAGUGUCUGUGGAUGAGACUGAGGCUUUGAAAGCUGAAAUCACCAGAGCGGUAGAGAAGGUUCAAGAAGAAGACCCGAAUACCCAAAUCUUGUACGCUUGUGACUCGUGUGGUGAUAAAUUCCUUGAUGCCAGCUCCCUCGCUCAGCAUGUGCGCAUCCACACAGCUCAGGCCUUGGUCAUGUUUCAGGCAGAUUCUGACUUCUACCAGUACACCACCACUGCUGAGGGGGAUGCUGCCACAACAUGGCAACCCACAUCUGAAGAGGUUAUACAGGAAGGACAAGUUAUCAUCCGUACAGAGGAGGGGGAGAGAAAAGCAGAGGACCAGAUAGUUGGAGAGGCACCACAAGGGUCAGAAGAAAUAAGUCAUAUAGUGGAGGAGGUGGACGAAGGACAAGUUUAAACUCAUUCUGAGCACCAAACAGAGGGCGAAGAUGCAGAGAAAAGAAAGAAGGAAUGGAAUGUGAGAGUCAGGGUUAGGGACUCAUAUUUAUGCAAAAUGCAUAAAAGAUUGAUCCUGAUGAAUUAAUUUAUGCAAAAGAAGGACAUUAAAAUAUUAAGUGUCCUAAUUAGUCAUUGAUUGAGUUGGACUAUGAUGUUUACAACAUUCUUA